UUCUGGCGGCACCGUAGUAAUAGCCACAAGCACGUACGAGGCCGACAGACGCGGAAAGGAAGGGCCAGCUCUAUAGGGAAGGCUGUCUCUACUACCAAAGCCGAAGAGGAAGCGCCAAUCGGCCGUCUGAGAACAAGAAAAUCAUGCUAUAUCUCCUGUAGUAUCUUUGGUCUCUUCUUGGUCUCCACCCACAAAUACAUGUCCUGCCUUACAGCACAGCACAGCACAGCUUUGCCUUCCUCUCCGAAGACUAGCAGUUCUCACCCCGCUUCGAGGCAGGAGUACGACUACCGCGUCAUCCUGCACUGUGACGAAAGCACGCGUAAAUUUAGCAUGAAGAUGCCGUUGGAGUCGUACAGCACGGAUGAAGACGUCGCAAUUGGGGCGUGGGUUCUCCUAGAGGUAGACCCAAAGGAAGGGAGCAGGAGGCGCAAAAGGGUGACUACCCCCAAUGUUCGCCUCACGGAGCUUGCAACAUAUUGA